GAGAGAGAGAGAGUUAAAUCUAGGUUAUCAUCUGAGCAAUUGGAUUUUUCUGAUGUUAUAUCAAAGUGAAAUAGCAAAAUGUUAGUUUCUGCUAGAGGCCGGUGUGGACAGUAUACAUUAUAGAAGCACUAAUUACCAUUCGACACCUGCGCUGGGUCGGACACUUAUCCCGCAUGGGAGAUGACCGCAGGCCAAAUGCGAUCUUCUUUGGCGAGCUUAGAGGAGCACGUCGUAACAGAGGUGCCCAGCUACAAAGAUCCACUCAUGCGCCAUUUCGCCCUUACUAGCAUAGAGGAAAGUAGCUGGUAGCAGAUGACCUCUAAUAGAGACAGACGGAAAAAAACAACAACCUCAAAAGACCGCCAGCGGACAAAAGCUUUGUCUGCACUAGAUUCAGGAAAAUAUGCAGCUUGAACUGGGUCUGCAUAUUCGUGUGAAUCACUGCAAGCAUUUUUUAUCUUCGGAAGAUAUUACCAUUAUAGUUUCCUAAACAAAAUACGCACCGAAAAAAAAGAACUGUAAAAAACAGCACCAAGAUUCAAAAAGAUAUAAAAGUAUCAAGGAAGUGACCGAAACGGGAAAAUGCAAUUAAGGAUUUGAGCACUAGCUUGCGUAGUUCACUGUAUAGCAGGCCAGCCCAAACUGACCCCUCCAACUGAAGUAAACCAUGACAACUCUCUCUGUGGCGGUCAUCGGCGCUGGCGUGGUCGGCCUGUCCUCAGCCAUCAAUAUUCAGAAGCUCAUCCCCAGGGUCAUGGUGACUAUCAUCGCAGAUUCCUUCGGCAGAGACACGUCAUCGCCCGUGGACCCUGGGAUUUUUCUGCCCAUCCCUUCCAAGAUGAUCAUGGAUCAGGUGCUGGUCAGAUUUGUUACAAUGAUUUCUACAUUUUGUAACUGCAUCUAUUUUCUCCACCAAUCACCACUUUCGAUCACUGCUGACCUUAGAGAAUGGCUGAUUGACAGCUGGAAACAUCAUUUCGAGAAAGCCAACUCAUCGGAAGGGAAACUCUCUGGUCAGACUUUUAUGUACGGUCACUGCCUGUGGUCAACGCCCUAUACUACGGACUACAUCUUGCCAACUUUGGUACUGGACUACAAGAACUUGUCCAAAGAAGAGAUACUACAACUGGGAUCUAAUCAUGGUUUUGGGGCCAGGUUCAAAACAGUUGUUGUCAAUAGAGAAACAUAUCUGCCUGCUUUAAUGAAGGAGUUCCGAAUGCUUGGGGGUAAGGUGGUCUUCGAUACAGUAUACUCAGUGCAAGAGCUGUACGGGAAGUAUGACAUUGUGGUCAACUGUACCGGGAAUAGGGCAAGGACAUUCUUACACGAUCCACAUAUGUACCCCGUGAAAUGUCACGCCAUUCAGGUGAUGCACGAGUGGACGAAAGAGUUUCUUAUUACCGAAGACAACAUUUCGGUCAUACCUGACGCCGAGACAAAUGUGGUGGAUGUUGGUUUCUACGCGGAGCCUGACGAAUACACAGCAGACGUGGACCAAGAGAUCAUUGCACUCAUGUACAACAAGAUCAAGUCUUUCGUACCGCACCUUGUUGGUGCUGAAGUUAUUCGAAAAUGGGCAGCAAGGAAACCGCACAGAGAGCCACCUCUGGUAGAAAUAGAAAUGGCCAGAUGCUAUGGUGGGCCAGUCCUACCAGUUGUCCACAUUGUCGCCUUGGGCACCAGCACCUACAGUUUAGCUUGGGGCGCCGGCUGUCACGCCGCACACCUGGUCCAAGAUAUUGGCCGCAUGAUAAAACCUUUUGCAUGGGUAUGGCGACCUUUCAUGAUGCUCGGCUGACCAGCAGACGUGAAGGGAGCUUCCAGUGCCUUCCAUACUUUCACGUCUUUGUUUAGACCUUGAACUAAAACUUGAAACCAGAAAUUCA